AUGAGCGCGCUGAUCCGGCGGUGUGAUGAGGAAGGGCGGCGGAGCGUCGUCAUCUGCUCGCACGCCGCGGUCAUCAUUGUGCUGGGAAGGGUGCUGACCGGUCAAUACCCCGACGAGAUGGACACUGAAGACUUCAAGGCAUUCACCUGCGGACUGAGUGUGUAUGCGCGGGGAGGAGGCGUCAAGGAAAGCUCCGACGGCGAGCCGGAUACUGUGGGCAAUUGGAUAUGCGAGAAGAAUAGCGAUUGCAGCUUUCUGAGUGGGGGCGAAGAGCGUGGAUGGAAGUUCGCUGGCGAUGAAUCAUUUCCGGGCACGGGAUCCAUGUCGCAGGACGAUGUCAUCGAGCCCAAGUUGUAG